AUGGAGGAGAAGCAGAUCUCCGAAGGUGAUGGUGGCCACCUUGCGCCGCACGCCCACGCACUCUCAGAUGAGGAGAAGAGGAUUAUCGACCGACAGCUGGAAGCACCCAAAAGAAAGAUCGGAUUAUUCUCGAUACUUGCAUUCGCCAACCGAACCGAAAAGAUCAUCAUGGCAAUCUCUUUCCUUGCAUCGGUCAUUGCAGGCGCCGUUCUCCCCCUGAUGACCCUUGUUUAUGGCAACUUCGCCAAAAGUUUUACGAGUUUCGCCGUCGACGAUGUCGCGAAGAAGCAGUUUACACACCAGGUCAAUACAUUCACUCUCUACUUCGUGUACCUGGGUGUCGCUUCAUUGGUCACCGUCUACAUCAGUAUCAUAGGCUUCUCGUACACUGGCGAGAAGAUCGCGCAGCGCAUUCGCGAACUUUACCUGAGGGCUAUCUUCCGUCAGAACAUUGCUUUCUUCGAUUUUCUGGGUGCUGGAGAGGUCACAACUCGUAUCAGCUCGGACAUGAACCUUGUGCAAGACGGAAUUGGUCAAAAGAUUGCCCUGUUCCUUAACGGGCUCUCCAUGUUCGCGGCAGGCAUUGUCGUUGGAUUUGUCAGGUCUUGGAAGCUCUCACUUAUCAUGCUGUCUGCAACCGUUGCCUUAAUCCUCAUGAUGGGCGUCAACGGCCGCAAUAUGAGAGUCAACCAGCUGAAGUCGGUCGACGAAUAUGCCACGGCGGGCACCCUGGCCGAAGAAGUCUUGUCCUCGGCCCGCAAUGUCACAGCCUACGGCACACAAAAGAAAUUGCAGAAGAAAUACAAAACCUUCCUUGACCGGGCCGCUGUAUCCGACUUCAAGGCCAAGAUGUGGCUUUCCUCCUUGAUUGCUGCGAUGCAAAUCGUCAUCAACUUACAAUAUGCCUUGGCCUUCUGGCAGGGGAACAGAUUCAUGCGUUCAGGAGAACUCGACGUCGCGAAAAUCCUGACGGUCGUUAUGGCAUCGAUGAUCGCUGGCUUCUCUAUAGGACAGAACCUGCCACACCUGCAAGCGUUUGGUCAAGCAGUGGCAGCAGCGACCAAGGUCAUCAACACCAUCGAGAGACAGUCCCCCAUUGAUCCAGAGACAGAUGAGGGAGAGAGGCCAGGAGAGUUCAUCGGCAACAUUGAAUUCAGAGACGUCAAGCACAUAUAUCCAUCUCGCCCCGACACAACGGUCUUGGACGGAUUCGGCCUGAAGGUUCCUGCCGGGAAGAUGCUGGCGCUCGUUGGAGCAUCGGGGUCCGGCAAGUCGACGAUUUUUGGCCUUCUUGAGCGCUUCUAUCUACCCAUGAGCGGCCAGAUCCUGCUGGAUGGCAAAGAUAUCAGCACACUCAAUCUUAAGUGGCUGAGGCGGCAUAUUGCAAUCGUUAGCCAGGAACCGACGCUCUUUAGUACUACUAUUUACGAGAGCAUCGCACACGGGCUAGUUGGAACGGAGUGGGCCGAGGCAUCCGACGACGUGAAGAUGGACCUCAUUGUAGAGGCCGCCAAAGUGGCUAAUGCAUUUGACUUCAUCGAGAGCCUGCCCGACAAGUUCCAGACCCGAGUAGGCGAAAGAGGGAAUUUGCUCUCAGGAGGACAGAAACAGCGCAUUGCGAUUGCACGAGCCGUUGUGUCUAACCCGAAAAUUCUCCUUCUUGAUGAGGCUACCGCGAGUUUGGACACGAAAUCCGAGAGGGCCGUACAGGAGGCACUGGAUCGUGCUUCGGAAGGCCGGACCACGCUUGUCAUUGCGCAUCGAUUGUCGACUAUCAAGAAGGCAGAUAACAUUGUGGUUAUGGCCAAAGGCAGAAUCGUCGAGCAGGGCACGCAUGAAGAGCUGCUUGAGUCAGAGGGUGUAUAUCACAGUCUCGUCCGGGCGCAGGAACUCAGCUCCGAGAUUCGUCCCGGGAACACGACCGCACAGAACACCGCAGACAUUACAGAAGAUGACGAGAAGCUCGAAUUGCUCCGCACCGCCACGACGACGGAGAAGGCGCCGAGAAAAGCUGCUGGGGAGGAGAAGGACAAGGAGUAUCCCACGUCGCAACUAAUCAAGUUUGUAUGGAAGAUGAACAAGCCAGAACAGUUCCUGUUGUUUCUCGGCUGCAUCUUUAGUUUUGGUGGCGGCACAAAUCCAGCCAUCCAGGCCAUCUUCUUUGGAAACACCAUUACAGCCUUGGUUGCGCCCGAGCUGACGACUGGCAACCACAACGUCAAUUUCUGGUGUCUCAUGUUUCUCAUGUUGGGUAUCGUAAUAUGGGCGUUCUAUUUCGCCCAAGGCCUCGCACUGUCCAAAGCAUCUGCUCGCCUCAUUGCACGUGUCAGAGAGCGAGCUUUCGGUGCCGCCCUGCGACAGGACAUCGAAUUUUUCGAUGGUGAUACAGUGACGUCCGGAUCUCUUGCAACAUUCUUGUCGUCCGAGACGAACCGACUCGCAGGCUUGACGGGAUCAACACUCGGUACAAUCCUAGGAUCGCUAUCCUCAAUCGUCGUUGCCAUAAUUGUUGGCUGCAUCUUUGGCUGGAAGCUUGCGCUCGUAUGCACAUCUACCAUUCCACUUUUGCUUGCCACCGGAUACUUCAGGUUUCAGGCUCUCGUCCGUAUGGAAAAGCGUACCAAACGAUCGACCGAAGCCGCUUCGUUCGCCUGCGAAGCUGCCUCCUCCAUCCGAACUGUGGCCUCCCUGUCUCUCGAACAGCAUCUGAUCUCCGAGUACCACGACAAACUCGUGGUUCAAGCCAAGGGUAACAUCCUCUACAAUAAUGUGUCCGCCAUUCUCUUUGCCCUGUCGAAUGCUUUGAACUUGCUCAUCUUUGCUCUUGUAUUUUGGUAUGGCGGCAAGCUAAUGUUGGACAUGGAGUACACGGUUGUCCAGUUCUUUAUCGUCUACGCUGCCAUCAUCAACGGAGCACAAGCCGCAGGUGCCAUCUUCUCGUUCGCACCGGACAUGGGGGAGGCGAGGGCUGGCGCCACCCUGUUGAAGAGCUUCAUCGACCGUGUUCCAAAGAUCGAUCACUGGUCCACCGAAGGGAAAAGGGUGGAUGAUUUUCAGGGUAGGAUCUGUCUCCAUAACGUGCGUUUCACAUACCCCGGUCGCCCUGAUCAUCCCGUCCUGCGCGGUGUAAGCCUCACUGCGGAGCCUGGACAGUUCGUUGCGCUCGUCGGAGCAAGCGGAAGCGGAAAGUCUACGGUGAUGGCGCUGCUAGAACGUUUUUACGACCCCGAUUCCGGCUCUGUCAUGGUUGAUGACGUGGAGUUGAAGGACUACAAUUUGCAGGAUUACAGAGCUCAGUUGGCAAUUGUCAGUCAGGAGACGACGCUGUACACCGGUACGAUUAGGGAGAACAUUCUGGCGGAUAAGGAAGAUGUGGACGACGAGAGAAUUGCGCAGGUCUGCAAAGAUGCUAAUAUCUACGACUUCAUUGUAUCCCUUCCGGACGGCUUCAACACUCUAGUAGGAGCAAAGGGCGCUCUCCUCAGCGGUGGCCAGAGACAGCGCCUUGCCAUUGCACGCGCUCUACUUCGCGAUCCUAAGAUUUUGCUACUUGACGAAGCAACGUCAUCUCUCGACAGCACCUCCGAACGCGUCGUCCAAAACGCUCUGGACUCCGCGUCCAAGGGCCGCACCACCGUCGCCAUUGCGCAUCGUUUGAGCACCAUUCAGCAUGCAGACGUGAUCUAUGUGUUUGAUAAAGGCAAGAUCGUAGAAAAGGGCAGGCAUGAGGAACUGAUGGGGAAGAGAGGAGUGUAUUGGGAGUUGGCGAGGUUGCAGGAUAUGGGUGCGCCGCAGUGA